AUGCAAGGAAAGAGGCGGCAGCCGACGGCAAGCCACAAGGACCGCUCGCCCCCACGAGGAUGUUCUUAUAAGGAUAAAGACGCAGCAUUUAUGGGCGUCUUGGCUACCCUAGCAGCAGCAGAACCCAACAGACACUGCAGCAAGAACAGCAGCAGCAGCAGCGAGAACAACAGCGGCAGCAGCAAAGGCGGCGAUAGCAGCAGUAGCAACAGCCGCAGCAGUAUUAGCAGCAACAAAUGCAGCAGCAACAGCAGCAACAACAGAAGGAUGGUCUUUGCUGCUUUAAGCUGCAGCAAAUAUAGGAUCUUAUCGAGGCGCUUAGCGACUCUCCUUAUUUGCUGCUGUUGUUGCUGCUGCUGCUGCACUACCAGGACUGCAGCAAGUCGCCUCUGUCUUCUACCAACAGCAGCAGCAGCAGCAGAGACAGCAGCAGCAAGUGUUGCAGCAAACACACUUGUAGCAGCCCGACCUUCUUGGGGCUUUAUUUCUGCCGAGAGGCAGGAAGGACGAUCUUCAACAGCAGCAGCAGCAGCAGAAGCAGCGGCAGCAGCAGCAGGCUUUCGAUCCCCCCUUGCAUUUUUAUCAUCGAGGAGUUUUUCGUGUAUCUCCGGUCCAAGAAUUCUGCUGCACCUCCAGCAGCAGCAGCAGCAUCAGCAGCAGCACAUUAGGCCUUUACAUCUACAGCAGCAGCAGCAGCAACUGCAGCAGCAACUGCAGCAGCAGCAGCAAGUUCUAUUUGUUAAGUGCUGCUUCGAUAUAACUUUACCAGAAGACACAAGAAGAAGAAAGAGCCGCAAAGGAGCAGCAAGAAAUCCCCUUAAGAGAUUAUUAAAUAUACCUAGAGGGGGGUGGAAGCCAAGGAGCAGCAGCAGCAGCAGCAGCAACAGCAGCAACAACAACAACAACAGCAGUAGUAGUAGUAGUAGUAGUAGUAAGAGCAAGAAAGGGGGAGGCAGCAGCAGGAAGAAGAGCAGCAAAAAUAACAGCAGCAACAGCAGCAACAGCAGCAACAGCAGCAGCAGCAGCACAGCUCUUAACGCUCUUCCCCUUAGAGCUACGAGCUCCUUUGAGGCACCUUGCACAGCAGCAGCAGCAGCAGCAGCAGCAACAGCAGCAGCAACAGCAGCAGCAACAGCAGCAGCAACAGCAGCAGCAGCAACACCAACAGCAGCAGCAGCAGCAGCAACAGCAGCAGCAGCAACAAUGGAGAAUUGGACUUAUGUAGAUAUUGGCGCAAAUCUUUGUGACCCUAUGUAUGAAGGAAAAUACUUUGAUAAACAAAAACAUCCUCCUGAUCUACAAAUGGUUUUGGAUCGGGCGGAGGCAGCAAACAUCGGGAAGAUAAUUUUAACAACUGGUUCUUUUGAUGAUUUUAAUACAAAUAUACAAAUCGCUAAUACAUAUGACCCUGACUGUAAACGCCUCUUUCUGACUGUGGGUGUCCACCCAACACGCUGCAACGAGCUUGCUGCUGCUAGCAGCAGCAGCAACAGCAACAGCAGCAGCAGCAAAGAAGAAUUUGAUUCAUUCGUAAAAAAAGUAGAGGAAGGGGGGUUGCGUAUUGGUGACUACCCUGAGGUGUACGUACAGCGUCUGUUUGAGCUGUAUCAGCUGCACCAGCAGCAGCAGCAACAGCAGCAGCAGCAACAGCAACAGCAGCAGCACCGCAUUGUUGCUGUUGGGGAAAUUGGCUUAGAUUACGACCGCCUGAACUUCUGUGACGCAGAAACUCAAAAGCGGGGUUUUGAGCUUCAAUUAGUACUAGGACAUCUACUGCAGCUGCCUUUAUUCCUGCAUAUGCGCAACGCGGCAGCAGACUUCAUCGAAAUAAUGCGACGACGGCAGAAUUUAUGGAGAGGAAGAGGAGCAGUUGUUCAUUCCUUUACGGGGUCUGCAGAGGAUGCUCGUAUUAAUGGAUGCUCACUAAAGACAAAAGAAAAUCUUGAUGUUAUUCGUCAGUUGCCCCUAUCGCGUAUUCUCUUGGAAACCGAUGCUCCUUGGUGUGGACUGAGGCCAACGCAUGCGGGUUUCUCUCUUCUUAAUCAAGAACAGAGGUCGGCAUUAGAUGGAGUAAAGGCAGAGAAAUGGACAAGCAACAGCCAAGUUAAGGGACGCAACGAACCCUGCAACAUAAGAGCUGUUGGGGAAGUCGUCCGUCAGCUGGUUGCUCCUGAUCUGUCAGCAAAUGAUUUCUGUUAUCAGAUAUACAAAAACACCUUGGAGGUUUUCCCCCUCAUAGCAGGGAAGCCAUGA